CGUGACGGUGUCGCGGUGGCGGCGGCGGCGGGGCCGCGCGCGCCCGGGAUGGAGAUCGGGCCCCACGCGGGGCACGCGGAGAGCAGGAAAGAGCACUGGAAGCUCCUUGGCAACUUGAAGACCACAGUGGAAGGUUUGGUGUCCAUCAGCAACCCAAAUGUCUGGUCCAAGUAUGGAGGCUUGGAGCGGCUCUGUAGAGACAUGCAUAGCAUCCUCUACCAUGGGCUCAUCCAUGACAAGGUGUGCUGCAGACAGAAGGAUUACUGGCAGUUUGUGAAGGACAUUCGCUGGCUGAGUCCGGGCUCUGCUCAUCACCUGGAGAAGUUCAUCAGCCUGCAGGAGAGCGGCCAGCGUGACCCCGAGGGCCCAGGGGACCAGGCCAUUGCCCAGCUGUGGCUGCAGCACAGCCUGCAGUGCCACUGCCUGUCAGCACAGCUGAGGCCGCUCCUGGGGAACCGGCAGUACAUUAGGAAGUUCUACACAGAUACUGCCUUCCUGCUCAGUGACGCCCACGUCACGGCCAUGCUGCAGUGCCUGGAAGCUGUUGAGCAGAACAACCCCAGGCUUCUGGCUCAGAUCGACACCUCCAUGCUGGCCGGCACGUCACUGCCAUCCCUGUGCGCGUCAGACCCUGCUGCUGGGACAAGAGACAUGUGUGAUCACAGUGCUGAGGGACACAAGAGCCGUGUGCCAGGAGCGCUGGGCUGCCUGGAUCAUUUCACUGAAAGCCUGCUUACCAGGAAGAGUGACAAUCCUUCUCCAGUGACCAAGAGUCAGAGCCUGACUGCCCUCCCUGCAUCCCCGUGCGUCCCUGCUGCCCCCUACACUCAGCAGCGCUGCUUUGGGUCCUUCUCCAGCCUCCAGCAUCCAGCCUCCUCUGGCCUCUCAGACAGGAGACCAAUGAGUUCCUGUGGCAGCUCCAACUCCAGCCAGCCCCAGGAGCACUGCCCGUCCACCCGGUCCUCCUCCUUCAGCGAGAGCAGGUCCCCUCUGGAACAGCCCAGCUCUGCCACCCACCUCCACGUCCCCUCACCCAAAGACCCCUUCUCUCCUGCCAGCGAGAUGAGCUCCAGCACCACCAGCCAGAGCGAGGAUACUUGGACAGGGAGUCAGGAUGAUCCACAGAGUGACGUUAAUGACGGGCCGGAGUACCUGGCCAUUGGGAACUUGGGACGCCGGGGCCGGGCAUGCAGCAGCACCAGCACCAGCAGCACCAAGAGCAGUAGCUCUAAACUCUUCUCCUCCAGCAGCUCCCAGAAGCUGGACUCAGUAUCAUCCCUGGGGGAGCAGGGGGCAAGUGGAGGUGGCAGCAGGGGCCUGAGUCUGUUGCGCCGGUCCAGCUUCUCGGAGGGACAGUCCUCAGCUCCACAGGGCAUCCUCAAGAAGAGCCACGUGCGCUCACACUCUGACACCAACGUGACUUCUGGGAAGUUGCACGAGUCCCAUGGUGAUCCAAGUGGAGGGAGAGGGCCGGUCUCUGCUUCCACGCAGAGCAGUGAACUGAGCACACCCAGCUCCCUCUACAUGGAGUAUGACUCUGGACAGUACCUGAGCUCGGGGGAAGGGAUGUUCAGGAGACCUUCAGAAGGGCAGUCCCUCAUCAGCUACCUCUCUGAGCAGGACUUUGGCAGCUGUGCAGACCUGGAGAAGGAGAACGCCCACUUCAGCAUCUCAGAGUCGCUGAUUGCUGCCAUUGAGCUGAUGAAAUGCAACAUGAUGAGCCGGCAGCUGGAGGAGGAGGAAGAAGACAGUGACAAGGAGAUCCAGGAGCUGAAACAAAAGAUUCGCAUUCGUCGCCAGCAGAUCCGCACCAGGCACCUGUUCCCUACCUGCCAGGAGCUGGGCUCAGACAGUCUCGUGGCAACAGACAGUGGGUCCCAGUUCAGCUCCCACGGCUCCAUGCGGCUCUCUGACUCUGGCUCUGCGGAGGAUGUGGAAGAGUAUGAGAUCCGAGAUGGUAACGAUGGAUCUAACCUGAUUCAAAUGUCCAAGAACGGCCUCUCAGUGUCAAUGGCUUCCUUGUUCUCAGAUGCAGAUAUCAAGAGGAACCCAGACUCCAGCAGGAAGUCCUUUCUCUCCUCAGACUCCAUAUCCCACUCCUUCCUCAAUUCCAACUCGGCAGAGGCGGUGGCCAUGGGCUUGCUGAAGCAGUUUGAGGGCAUGCAGCUCCCAGCUGCCUCUGAAUUGGAGUGGCUGGUCCCUGAGCAUGAUGCCCCACAGAAGCUGCUGCCCAUCCCUGACUCUCUGCCUAUCUCUCCUGAUGAUGGAGAACACGCCGACAUCUACAAGCUGAGGAUUCGGGUGCGCGGAAACCUGGAGUGGGCCCCGCCGCGACCGCAGAUCAUCUUCAACGUUCACCUAGCCCCAGCGAGAAAGGUGGCUGUGGCCAAGCAGAAUUACCGGUGUGCAGGCUGUGGCAUCCGGACUGAUCCUGAUUACAUCAAGCGGCUGCGGUACUGCGAGUACCUGGGCAAGUAUUUCUGCCAGUGCUGCCACGAGAACGCCCAGACUGUCAUCCCCAGCCGCAUCCUGCGCAAGUGGGACUUCAGCAAGUACUACGUGAGCAACUUCUCCAAAGACCUGCUGAGCAAGAUCUGGAGUGACCCACUCUUCAAUGUGCAAGCUAUCAAUCCUGCCCUGUACCAGAAAGUGAAGGCUCUCAACCAAGUGAGGCUGCUGCGAAUCCAGCUUUUCCACAUGAAGAACAUGUUCAAGACGUGCCGGCUAGCUAAAGACCUCCUGGACUCCUUUGACACAGUUCCUGGCCACUUGACAGAGGAUUUGCACCUCUACUCACUGAGUGACUUCAGUGCCAUCAAGAAAGGGGACCUCAUGCCUCACCUGACAGAGCUCCUGAAGGCAGGCAGCCUGCACAUUGACAAGUGCAUGCUGUGCCAAGCCAAAGGUUUCAUCUGUGAGUUCUGCCAGAAUGAGGAUGACAUCAUCUUCCCCUUUGAGCUCAACAAGUGCAGGACGUGUGAAGAGGGACAUUGCCCCUGGAGCAGCUGCACAAGUGGAUGUGCUGGUGGACUUCCGGCAGGCAGAUCCCCAUGGCUCCACAGAAAUCUGCCUCCAUGGGAUAUGGUGAGGCUUCUGACCCUACUUCCUCCUCAUGCUGCCAAUCUAUCCUACCAGGGAGAGAUGUCCUCCUUUAAGGAUGACAUGGGACCUCACUCUGGUGGUACCAGAACCUGCCUUGUGUGGAGCUCCCUCUCUGCCUGAGACCUGUCAGGAUGCAGGUGAAGGCUUGUCCCUCCAGCUGCAUCCCCAAGCCUCUGUUUAGUUGUUUGGUUUUUUUUUAAUCUGCUGGACUUGGUUUUAUUUUUUUUAAUGUCGUUGUUUGUAUUUUUAACUGUGUGUUCCCCUCAAGGAGGUGCUGCUUGAAAUGCCUUCUUAGGGGGCAUGUGAUCUGCUUGGGACUCGCCAGUAUAAAAUCUCCAGGGCUAUCCUGCUCCUGGUUCCUCACCCCUGGAUGGAGCUGGUCCCCUCUCCCAGCAGGAUCUCCUGCUUCCCUUUGGGGAGGAAGGGUCCCUGAGCCAGGCAAAGUUUUGAAGCUUCCCAGCUGUGGUGGGAUGGUCAGGCAGCCUGCUUGCAACAGGGAUACCCAGGGGAGAGGGGUUUGGCACUGGGGUGCUGCCAAGGACUGGUUCCUCACUGAUGCACUUGUGUCACCUGCCACAAGUGACAGCUCUGCGGGGUCAGGGUCAGACCCAGUGGGACAAGGUGAGCUCUGUGCCCAGCUGAAGAGGUGCCUCUGCAUCGUGGGGGGAUGCUUUAGCCAUGGCAUGUCCAGCACCAACUCAGCACAGGUGGGAUGUGGGCUGUUAGGAAGGAUGGUGUGGCCUGUGUAUGUGCAAGGAGGGUGCAAGGGGCCAGAGAGCAGUGCACUGGCAGGAGGCUCUAAGGGACAGUGGCUCUUUCAGCACAUGCCCUGAUUCGAGGCUGGGAUGUGACCCCUUGUGGGCUCUCCCUGUGGGGGUGGCAGAGCUGGGGAGAGGGGAAGAGGCUGGGUCCAGGACAUGUGGCUGCAAGCCUUGCUGUGAGGGCUGGGCUGCUGCAUCUCUCCCCUGCCUGCAGCAUCCUGACCAAGUCCUGAAAGCAGGGUUCAGCUCCCCACUUGCUCCCCUGCGGUUUUUGCUGCCUUGUGUCUUGCUUCUGCUUUUUUUCCCCAGAAGAGCAGCUGCUCUUCUGCUCACUCUGUCUCUGCAAGCCCUGGGCUGCCAGAUGCUGGUCUGCCUUGGUCUUGCCUGUCCCCAAGCCUGAGCCACACCCUCCUGCUGUUGCUUGGAUCUUGGACCCCCUUCCCUGGAGUUGCCUCAGCAGCACACCUCCAUCCACCCUAUUUUGUUUAAAGCACUUUACUGUCAUGGGACAGCAGCUGAGAGGCUGCCCAGAUCCCUUUCUAGAAGCACUGAGUACUUUUUGAGAAGAGGGAAGGAAUUCUGGCUUAGUUAUGGUUUCCACCCUCCACCAUGGACUGUGUGUGGAAGCAGUAAGACUCCCAAACCUGGCACAGGUUUUCAGGGCAAGACUGUGCCCAGCACUGACACUGCUGCCCAGCACUGACCACUACAACUAACACUGGAACUGGCCACAACAGGGAGCUCUGGGAGGGAGAGCUGGGGGCUGCCCUGGCUGUCAGCUGGAGCCCUCACAACGGGAUUAUUGCACAGCACAGCAAUUAAAAUGCCGUCCUUAAUAAACCA